CGGGGCUCUCUUUCUACCUGCCUUCAGGUGUUGGCGUGCGGCCCUAGGGCCUCCACGCACUUCUUCGCGGGAUCAGUAGCAUCUGCUUUCUAGCACUGAUGGAGCGAGCUACGGUUCGGCUGCUGCGCGGCGGCGCGCUGCUACGAAGAAACUUCCCAAGCUGCCUGUCUUCCUGGAAAACUCCUCCUCACGCCCUAAGUUCUUCUCAGCCAGAAGCGCAGUUCAAAGCAGCAACCAAUGUACCUCUUGCUCCUCUGCAAACAUUUUCUGAUGAGGAGAUGAUUAUAAAGAGCACAGUUAAAAAAUUUGCCCAGGAACAAGUUGCUCCUUUUGUUUCAAAAAUGGAUGAAGAUUCAAAAAUGGAAAAAUCCAUAAUACAAGGAUUAUUUCAACAAGGGUUGAUGGGUAUUGAAAUUGACCCAAAAUAUGGAGGAACAGGAGCUUCAUUUUUUUCCUCUAUCCUAGUGAUAGAGGAGUUAGCCAAAGUUGAUGCAUCUGUGGCUCUGGUAUGCGACAUUCAGAACACAUUAAUUAACAGGAUGAUUGGAAAAUACGGAACAGAAGAACAGAAGGCUGCCUAUUUGCCCAAGCUAGCUUCAGAAAAGGCAUCAAGUAUCUGCAUUUCAGAGGCUGGAGCAGGUAGCGAUUCAUUUGCUAUGAAGACCAGAGCUGAUAAAAAGGGAGAUUAUUACAUCAUCAACGGGUCAAAGAUGUGGAUUAGCUGCGCUGAGAUUGCUGGGCUGUUCGUGGUGAUGGCAAAUGCAGACUUUUCUGCUGGGUAUAAAGGAAUUACCUGCUUCUUGGUCGAUGGUGAUUCCGAGGGCCUUCAUAUAGGGAAACCAGAGAACAAAUUGGGAAUCAGAGCAUCUUCCACCUGCCCAAUCACAUUUGAAAAUGUCAAGGUUCCAAAAACAAAUAUCCUGGGACAAGUUGGACAUGGCUAUAAGUACGCCAUCAGGAGUCUUAAUGAAGGCAGAAUAGGAAUCGCUGCACAGAUGCUGGGACUGGCUCAAGGCUGUUUUGACUCCACUAUUCCAUAUAUUAAAGAAAGGGAACAAUUUGGCAGAAGGGUAUUUGAUUUUCAGGGUCUCCAACACCAAGUGGCUCACAUGGCCACCCAGCUGGAAGCUGCACGAUUACUCACAUACAAUGCCGCGAGGCUCUUAGAAGCUGGAAGGCCAAUCAUCAAAGAAGCGUCUAUGGCCAAAUACUACACAUCAGAGCUUGCAGGCCUCAUUACCAGCAAGUGUAUCGAGUGGAUGGGAGGAGUGGGCUACACCAAAAGUUACCCUAUGGAAAAAUAUUUCCGAGAUGCGAAGAUUGGCACAAUUUAUGAAGGAACUUCAAAUAUCCAGCUGAACACCAUCGCAAAGUGCAUCAGAGAGGAAUACUGACAGGACAGCCAGAGAAGUAGGGCCUCUCCCUGGUGCCGCUGGUGUUAAAUUUUAAACUCUGUGCCUUGUUGGGGGCUGUGGACCUCCGUCUCACUGAAUGAUUUCAUUUGGGCCUUUCCUCUUGGAUCUGAGACCCUUUCUGUCUUUUCUUUACAAUCUGUUUAACUUAGGCACAGAAAAUCAUUUUUAAAAUUUGGGAAGAAAUGUGCCCAUAUUUUCUCCAAAACUAUUUUUAAAGCUCUAUAUGCAUGAUCAUUCUAGCUUCAGUAUACAGAAGUUUCACUUUAUUAGAAUUUGGAAAAAUAAAGACAAUUUGAGUCUUUCUUGCAGAUAUGGCUAUUUUAUAUUCCUGUCAUUAUACAUCAUCAGUCAAAGAGACAUUUGUGAUCAUUGGCAGCUCUGUAGAACAAACAGAUUCAAUUCUAAGUUGCUAAACUAGGUAGACACUGAUAAAAAUUUAUUUAGAAAAAUCUAAAAGUUUUUGGAAAAGCUCAUUGGAAAAGACCCUGAUGCUGGGAAAGAUUGAAGACAGGAGAAGAAGGGGAUGGCAGAGGAUGAAAUGGUUGGAUGGCAUCACCAACUCGAUGGACAUGAGUUUGAGCAAGCUCUGGGAAUUGGUGUUGGACAGAGAAGCCUGGUGUGCCGUAGUCCAUGGGGUCGCAAAGAGUCAGAUGCAACUGAACUGAAAGUGUUCUGAAUAUAAGAAAAUGAGUGGAAAAUGAGGGUAUAACUCUAUAGUUUAUAUAAUUGAAGAAAACAUUUUAACAAAGGAAAGUGAUAUAAUUUGUACCUAUAACUGACCAGUGUGAAAGGUGUAUUUUAUGAUGAUUGCAGUAAAGCAUUUUGAAAACAAGUCUUGAGGACUUCCCUGAUGGUCCAGUGGUGAAGAAUCUGGAAUCUGCCUUCCAGUACAGGGGACAUGGGUUUGAGCCCUGGUAGGGGAACUCAGAUCCCAUAUGUCAUGGAGCAGCUGGGCCCACACUCGGCAACUACUGAAUUUGCGUGCUCCAGGGUCUGUGUGACCCGACUAGAGAGCCCGUGUGCCUCAACGAAAGAUCCCAUGUGACAGAAGACCCGACACAGCCAAAUAAAUAAAAAAACAUUUAAAUAAAUAAAAGAUGAUCGGACUUAAAAAAAAUAAUAAACAGUCUCUACAGUAGUUUUCAAGUAUGAAGUUUAAAUAAUUUGGUUUAAUAAUCAGAAUAUACUCAACACUGUAAUAUUCAUUUUACCAACGAUGCUGUUUACUUCUCUUUAUAUUGAAUACUUGGGCUUCAAUUUAAAUUGAAUACUGAGUAAAAUUGUUUACUCAAGCUUAGUUGUUGAGCUUUAUCAUGAUAGGUAAUUCAGAAAUUAUACUUUAGUUCAGUGAUUAUCUAGAGGGGUUGUCUUGCCCUCUUAAUGAAGUGUAUUAAAAUCCUGUAAGCUGUCAAGGGUGAAACAGAUCACCAGCCCAGGCUGGAUGCAUGAGACAAGUGCUCAGGGCUGGUGCACCUGGGAAGACCCAGAGGGAUGGGAUGGAGAGGGAGGCGGGAGGGGGGAUCAGGAUGGGGAACACAUGUAAAUCCAUGGCUGAUUCAUGUCAAUGUAUGGCAAAAACCACUACAAUAUUGUAAAGUAGUUAGCCUCCAACUAAUAAAAAUAAAUGGAAAAAAUAAAAUAUACAUUUUGAAUCUAAAAAAUAAAUAAAUAAAAUCCUGUAAGGAAGGAGGAGUACAAGAGAGCUAUAGGGUUUGAAAAGCAUAUUUAGAUAUUAUAUAAAAGGACUUAUCUAGGAAGGCAAAAAUCUGUCGUUUUACAGUCAAAUUAUAGAAAGGCAAAGCUCAACAAAAUAUCUAGCUGGCAAUGCCAGUUCUUCAGUAUCAGGGAUUCUCGACCAGGAGAACAGGAUCUAAGUCCUCUGUCCCCUAGGCGGGAGGUGUACAGUGAAGGGCUGAGUGUAUUAUAUUUCCUGGGACAGGGCAUGGAUUAGAGGUGUUGGAGAAUGUUUCAACACAUCCAGUUGUUUAAAGCAAUCACUGCUGUCAAAUGGGAAGCACUUUAGUACUUUAAUGAAAGGAUGACGUUUAUUAAGAAAACUUGACAUUUUGAAAGUAAUUUUGCUUUACACAUUCAUGUUCUUCAAAUCUGUAUAAUGCAUAUCUUGGUUAAGUAUUCAGAAUUGUGUAAGUAUAGUGGAGAUAGGAGUUACAUUAGAAUAUUAGAAAUAUGGACAAAUUUUGACCUCUGAUCAAAAGGGAUCAAGUCUACUUUCAGAUAGGGAGCUGAUGGAAGCCAGUCAUUCAGUCUUUCAGAACAAAAGGACAGUACUCUGAUAAGGAAAGUAGGGGAUGGAUGAAUUGUCCUAAAGCGUGGCAGGGACAACUUUGAUUUCUGUGAUUAUUUGAAUGAGGUGGGCUUUUCAGAUGACAGAGUAGAAGCCAAUAUCAGUAAUGCUAACUUCCUCCCCUAGAGUUAUAAACAUGUGAAGCUACAAUAAACCUUGUUCAGAUUAGCAGUAUGAGUGAGGCUUCCGUGUAUAUCUGAACCUUGAAUUUAUAUUUCGUACUGGUACAGUUCUAAUUGUGUGUAUAUUUUUGCGCAUGUUUGAAAAUAACAGUUGAAAAUCAUGUAUUAUAGUUAAUAUCUGUCCCUGCCUUCUUCCAUUAGUGAAUUUUGUUAUUGUACCAUUUACCAAAAAGGAUAUGGUGGGUUUUCCUCAUAGUUCUUCCAUUAUAGCUUUUCUUAAUAACCAUGACUUUGGGGGUUUUGAGUUUGUGUCUAGUGGAAGGACAGACUUGUUUAUCUCCUGAAACCUAUCAUUACUGUUUGUUAAUUUGAGGAUAGGGCCAUUACGGGUCCCAGAAGGAAGAGACUUGAACACAAGCACCAAGUCGUAUUUAUGUGGGCAGAGCUUGACUCACCCCAACCGCCACGUUAGUAUUGUCAGGAAUUUCACUUUACAACACAAAAAUGAAUCGGUGUCAAAGGUUUUAGAAUUAUGGAAAGCUCCCGAUUCCUGGUGUCUCGGUAAAGAAUCUGCCUGCAGUACAGGAGAUCCGAGUUCAGUCCCUGGGUGGGGAAGAUCCCCUGUAGAAGGGAAUGGCUACCCACACCAAUACUCUUGCCUGGAGAGUUCCAUGUACAGAAGCAGGCUACAGUUCAUGGUGUCACAAAAAGUCCGACACGACUAACUGACUAACACUUUCACUUUCAAAUCUUAGAAAGACUUUAGAGAACCAUCCAGCCAACUCUCUUCAUUUUAAAAGUGAAGGAUUCAUGUAGCCCAGAAUACUUACCCAAGAUCAUCCAUCCAGGGCCAAAGAUAAGACAGAGAUUCAAGUGUACUGUCUCCCAAUUCAGUGUUCUUCCUACUGUUUACCACUGUCUCUGUUCAACACAUUCUGGAUUACAUCCUUGUUAUGUUUCAGUCCUCUUAUUGGUUUGUUUUAGGUUUAACUGAUAAAGGAAUAACAUUUCAGAAGUGUUAAGACUGAUAGAUGUCACUACUUACAUUGAUAAAUCAUCUGCCAAAUAUACCAGCUCUCCUAGGAUGUAGCUGGUAUGUCAAAUGUGAGGAUGAUUGUAAUCACUUGGUUUUAUGAUUAUGGUGUGUUUUAGUAAAUGCACUAGUUAUAUCCUUGCUGAUGUAUUUUUGCUGAUCUUUCAGAAAGUAAAACUUUGAUUGUAAUGGUACACAUCAGACUGUAAUCAUGUUACAAAAUCAGUAUUCUACGGAGAAUGAAAAAAUAAAGCUUUUGCUACUUUAAUAAAGCAAAAUUGUUUGUUGUGCAUACAGAAGUAAGAAAACAAUGUACUCUUCUUGCAAGACAGACACUGUACCUUUGUUUACCAAGCUGGUAGCUUGCCUGUCAUGUAAGCCAAUUUUGUUUGUUUUCAGGGAAGAGACCAAUUUUAAAUUCGUGAUGCUAAAGAAAAUUUUUACCAGAUUGAUCACCCCCCUUCCUCUGCUUCUUUUUAAGCGAAAAAGCAGCUUUAAGUGGAGAGGUCACUUCUUUUGAGCACAUCUUCACAGCAAAGCCAUGCAGUCAGCUCCAUUCGGCCACAUGGGAGACUAGACUCUGAAACAGAGAGGACAGAAAAGGGGUCUGACACCUAAUUCCUUGAAGGUUUGACCUCUGUGGAUAAGCAGCACUGACCACUUUGAAAGAUACCCCCCUCCCCCACAAAGCAGUGUGUGUGUGCUGAGUGGGAAGACUUUCCUGGGGGCCCUCUCACAUCAACUGGACCAGCCACCCUGGCCUUGGGAUUACCAGCUUGCCUUUGGUUGUAAUUUGAUUAUACGUGAUUUGACUUGAGGUACUCAAACAUAAUAUUUUCUUGGACCAGAAAAACAAAAACAAAUCAACAUUCAAAGCAUCUCAAAUCCAAGGACCCAGGUUUAAAUUGGGUGGGCAGAACCAGGGCCUGGGGGUUAAAUCUGACCCACUGCCUAGUUUUGUUAUGACCUGCAAAGUAAUUUCUUUUUUACAUUUAAAAUGCUAUAUAAACAUGGACCUGAUAUCCCCGAUUAUGCCUCUUGCCCACGAGCCUAAAGAAAAACUGGCCAACCCUUGAUGAAAGUGUUGCCUCCUAAGUCAGAUCCUACCGAAGUUGGUCAGUUCAUCUGGGUGUCACAUCAUAAAAAGAGAGAGGGAAGACCUUCCCUAGGAACUUGGAUCAUUAUUCUCUCGUAAUUUCAUUUGUAGCUUGUCUAGCCCAACUGAAUGGAAAUGAAUUUGAACAAACUCCUGGAGAUAGUGCAGGGGACAGAGGAAGCCUGGCGUGCUGCAAUCCAUGGGGUCGCAGAGAGCUGGACAUGAUUCAGCGAUGGAAAAACAAAGCCCGAUGGGCUCCCUCCUUCAGUCUACAGAAGCGCUCGGGCAUCCGCUCAUCCUCAGCGCCUGCUCCUUUAAUCUCCUUUUGGUUGGUGUUUACUUUUGUCAGUGAAUGUAAAUGAUUUUCUUAAAGUUAUCUUUGGACCCAUAAUUGGUGACAUUAUAGAGUUGGAUACCCCUCUUCUAAGACUCUGAUUCCUUUGCUUUUUGACAAACAUCUACUUUUGACCGACUCUUGGUUUCUUUUCCCUUACGUGGACAUUCUUCCGUUUAUCAAGAUUCUACCAUGACUCAUCUUCUAUCCUUUGUAUCAACAUCCUCACUGUACUUUAGAGUAACUUCUGGAUUCUUAAAGUACAGACCAUGGAAUACUAGUCCCAGAAUUCCCAAGUCGUUAGAGAUGAUGUUUCUUUUCAGAUCUGUCCCAGCAGGAUGUCCAGAGGCUCUUGAAAAUUUAUAUGUAAAAUGCAGGAGGGGACUUUUCUGGUGGUUGAGUGUUUAGGACUGUGAGCUUCCAUUGAAAGGGGUGUGGAUUCGAUCCCUGUUCCAGGAACUAAGAUCCCACAAAUGAUAUGGCACAGCUAAAAAAAAAAAAAAACCUAAACAUAAAAUAAGGUGGGAGGUUGAGGUCUGGGAGACAACGUAAGCAGUUACUAGUGGUGUAAAGACAGGCUUCCUCUGGGCCUUCUGUCCUGUAUCACCUGUGGUCAUUGUGGAAAGACAGACUUCCUGACCAGUCAGAAAGAUCACUUCCAGUUAGAUCACUGGACCUGGGGUCUGUAGUCUGCCUUUGUCACCACACCCCUGAGCGUUUUUAUCACACAGUCAAACUUGAGUAAUGUUCGAGUGAUUCCAGCCCCAAUGUCUGAGUUCCUUUUCAACCUGUGCAGCACCCCAAUAUAACAGGACUGACUAAGCAAACCCAGAAGUCCCCAAACACCCACCUAGUCAGAGGGGUAGAGCAGAAGGAACGAGAGGGGCACCUCCUCCUACCGAAUCCAGAGGUGACUUGCUCAUUGAAGUGAGCAGUCACUCUCCCAGGGCUCCAACUAGAAGCUGUGCACUUAGUUCUCUGGAGCCAAAAGCAAUCGUGGGCAGUGUGUUCAUUGCAAUUCUCCCACCCCAAAAUAGGAGGCUCGGUGAGGCUUGCUUUAAUGAGAGUUUACCUUUGUUAGCAAGAGAGUUAAUGAUAAGAUAAAUCACCUUAGAUUUGGUGUUUGCAGCCAUGAAAUUAAAAGAUGCUUGCUCCUUGGAAGAAAAGUUAUGACCAACCUAGACAGCAUAUUAAGAAGCAGAGACAUUAUUUUGCCAACAAAGGUCCAUCUAGUCAAAGCUAUGGUUUUUCCAGUAGUCAUGUAUGGAUGUGAGAGUUGGACCAUAAAGAAAGCUGAGCACUGAAGAAUUGAUGCUUUUGAACUGUGGUGUUGGAGAAGACUCUUGAGAGUCCCUUGGACUGCAAGGAGAUUCAACCAGUCCAUCCUAAAGGAAAUCAGUCCUGGGUGUUCACUGGAAAGACUGAUGCUGAAACUGAAACUCCAAUACUUUGGCCACCUGAUAUGAAGAGCUGACUCAUUUGAAAAGACCCUGAUGCUGGGAAGGAUUGAAGGCAGGAAGAGAAGGGGAUGACAGAGGAUGAGAUAGUUGGAUGGCAUCACUGACUCAAUGGACAUGAGUUUGAGUAAACUCCAGGGAGCUGGUGAUGGACAGGGAGGCCUGGUAUGCUGCAGUCCACGACUGAGCGACUGAACUGAACUGAACUUGGUGAUUUAAAAUGUAAUCAUUUCUCUUAGAGAGAAAUUGUUCUUUAUUUUCCUCUUGGAGAUGUAAACACAAUAAAGUAAUACCAGAGUU